GUAAAAAGUAAAGCGUUUCAACAAUGCAUUCCCAGUUAUUUCUAAUCGUCUUCAGCUGCUGUUGCUGCAUUUUGUUGGCUGAUCCAACAGCUCCGUCGAACUGGCCAAAACCAACAGCUCCGUCGAACUGGCCAAAACCAACAGCUCCGUCAAAUGGGCCAAAACCAACAGCUCCGUCGAACUGGCCAAAUCCUGGACCAGCUGCACAAAAUAGUGGCCCAAGAACUACUCCUCAGGAAGAUAAAGAUGCAGAAAAUAAAGAUAAAGAUGAUAAUAAAACAGGUGGAAGUUCUACUGCAGCUCCGCCAACCAACAUUCCUGACGAGGUGGAAAAGGCGCUGAUAAAAUACGGACUCACGUCCGACAAACUGGCCGAAACCGUUGUCAAUGCGUUAUCAAAGAACACUAGACAGUUACAGAUUUUAGACCAAGCGAUCAACCGUGCAGCACUAAAUGGUUAAUAAAACUAAAUGCUUGCAAUCCAAUACAAUUUCGUCUGUGUAACCACACAUUCAUGUUGGAUAUAAUAAAUGAGCUUGUUAUAAAACUAAUAACUUAUAACAAGUAAAAGCAAGCAGCAAAAA